UCAGAGAGAAAGCAGUGAGAAGAGAGAGACCCACAGCCAGCACAGCAGCGCUUAGGAUCCAGCAGAUCGUUUGAACAGAGGCUGUAGGAUGCUGAUAGACUGUUUCCUAGACGCGUAAAAUGGCUGAGCGUCUUGGAGCCGUGUGAGCCCCUGAGCAGCAGAUUGGUUGGUCGGAGCAUGCCCUAGUUAAAGCUGGGACUUUCAAUUUAUUUUUGUUUUUGUCUUUUUUUGAAAACCCGCUUCUUCCCCUCCCUCCUCUCCAUUUAAAGCCGUAUUCUUUUGCUGGAAUAUUUCUGUUCUAUUUUUUAAAUGGCAUCCACACGGCGCCGAAGCCUUGUUUCCUGCUUUUUGGGAAUCCUUUUAAAUGCUUUAAUCGGUGUUGGUUGUGGAGCUGAACUCUCCUUCAAGCUGGAGCCAAGCGACAUUAUUGCUGUUCAGGAGCAGCCGCUCAUGCUCCACUGCCAGGUGGACGGCGUCCCACCUAUCACUACGCAGUGGCGGCACAAUAGCUUACUCUUAACUCAGGAUCAGCAUCACCUCACCUUCAUCAACGGCUCACUUCUGAUUGCCCACUUCCAAAAGACCAAGUCUGACGGCUCAUCUGAUGAAGGCGACUAUGAGUGCAUGGCCCAAAACUCCUUUGGCCGUGUGGUGAGCCGUAAAGCCCGCAUCCAGGCAGCCACUAUGGCAGACUUCCAUGUCCAGCCAGAGUCGGUGCACGCUGAGGAGUCUGGUGUGGCUCGAUUCCAGUGUCAGAUCCAUGGUCUGCCAGAGCCGGUCAUUAGCUGGGAAAAAGACAGCCGCCCGGUGGACACUACAGAUGAGAGGUAUACACUGCUGCCAACAGGUGUCCUGCAGAUUACAGGGGUCCGUGAGGAGGACAGUGGGAAGUUCUGCUGUGUGGCACACAACAGUGCAGGAGUAAAACACAGUGCAGAGGCUCUGCUAACAGUUUCAGGCUCCCAGUCGUCUGUUUACAAGGAGCCGGUGAUUUUGGUUGGCCCAGAGAAUCUUACCCUCACUGUUCACCAGACUGCCAUCCUGGAGUGUGUUGCUACAGGAUACCCUCGCCCCAUUGUGUCUUGGAGCAGAUUAGACGGCCGGCCCAUUGGAGUGGAGGGAAUUCAGGUGCUCGGCACAGGAAACCUGAUGAUCUCAGAUGUUGGCGUGCAGCACUCUGGUGUCUACGUUUGUGCUGCUAACAAACCAGGAACACGCGUUCGCAGGACAGCUCAAGGACGGCUAGUAGUCCAAGCUCCAGCAGAGUUUGUGCAGCCUCCACAGUCCAUCUCUCGACCAGUCGGCACCACGGCCCUCUUUACAUGUCAGGCACAGGGUGAGCCUGAGCCUCAGCUCACCUGGUUGAAGAACGGGCAGGUUCUGGAGCCAGGGGGACAUGUCAAAUUCAGGAACAACAACAGCACUCUGACUAUAUACAGCAUCAGUCAGGAGGAUGAGGCCAUCUACCAGUGCAUCGCUGAGAACAGUGCCGGCUCUACUCAGGCCAGUGCCCAUCUCACUGUGCUCUGGGCUGAUGGACUGCCCGGUGUGCCCACCCAUGUGCAGGCUGAGGCGCUCUCUCCCACCUCCAUUCAGGUGUCCUGGAAGGAGCCUGACCAGAACACUCAAGACAUCAUUGGAUAUGUGCUACACAUUCGCAAGACAUCAGAUCCACUUGAAAUGGAGUAUGAGGAGGCGGUCAGUAAGGUGACACUGCAGCAGGUCAUCCGCGACCUGGAGCCCUCCACCAGUUACACCUUCUAUGUCAAGGCCUACACAUCCCAUGGAGCCAGUAAACCGUCAGAGAGUGUUGCAGAGACUACUCAUGGCGAGGUGCCUGCUGCUCCUUCUGUCUUCACCAAAGUGCUGAAUAGCAGCGUUGUUCAAGUAACGUGGGAAUCCUCCACCAAGAUGGGCCAGCAUCAAGGCUUCAGACUCUACUACAGGAGAGCACACACACCGCUUUUUGUUGGACCUAUCCCCUUCCCUCACAACGUUACCCAGUACAACAUUACCCAGCUUGAUUCCUCAAUGGUUUAUGAGAUAAAGCUUCUUGCAUACAACCAACAUGGAGAUGGGAAUGCCACCACUAGAUUUGUUUCACUCCGUGAGGCACUGGAAAAAUCAGUGCUCGAUGGGUCGUGUGAUUGUAUAAAAGAUGAACAAAGCAAAACCUCCACCACCGGCAUCAUAAUUGGAAUCCACAUUGGUGUGACUUGCAUUGUCUUCUGUGUGCUUUUCCUUGUCUUCAGCUACCGCGGCAGGCUAAUGAUGUGUAAGACAGUUCAGGCCACCCCCCAGGCAGGACACAGUGCAGUCCUGGAAUCCUCUUCUUCUUCUCAGGGGGCCUCUGGACUCAAUGGGGCUGCCAGGAGAGAGAUGGAGGUCAAUGGCUGCGCCGCAGGGAAGAAAGCGGUCGACAGCAACGAGCUCCAGAGACUCUUUACUCAACCCACCACGCAGGAUGCCUGCAUGUCCAACUCCUACAUACUCAACGACACCCAGCUGUCUACAAUACCUUUGGAUGAGUUUGUAGAGGAGAGGGAGACGCCAUUUCAGCAACAUUCUUCAGCCAGAGGGGCUCAGCCGGACCAAGGCUAAUCAUGUAUGAAGGCCCAUUCACAUUCGGCACUUUUAGUGCCCACUUAGACUUUUCUCUCACUCAGGUCAACAAGUAUUUCUUUUCAAAGUAUUAUUUCCUUUUGUGCAAAGAAUUUUUAUGGGUAAGUUAAGAGGUUUUAGAGAAUCUGGGAUGGUUCAUUGGAGUGUUUUUUUUUCUUCCUUUUCUGGUGUUGGGCAGCACAGAGAAUAAAGACCCCUGAAUGUCUUUGUUAAAACUAUACUUUUAUGUUUAUACAUGACUGUCACUGGGAAAUUUGAAAUAGUCACAAAUUUGUAUAAAUCCAUUUGGUAUAUAUUUGCUGAUUUUUGUGCAAAUCUGCUAAAAAUAUGUCAGAAAUAAGAGCCACUAUAUUCCUUAAAAAACUCACAAAGGGGGGUGAUUGUUGUAAGGUCCAGUAGAUGUGUCUAAAAGUUAAGGUGGAUAGCCAAAAAUAUCUAAAAAUCAUUGGUUCUAUUGUAGAGAUAUGUUUUCCAAGUUUUGUGACUACUUCCCAUUUUUCUGUGAGACUUGGCUUUGAGAUGCAUAUAAAUGCCGACACUCUGAUGUUAUCAUCCAUGUGUUGAAGUGGUUAUAAGUUGUUGGUUUUAUCUCUGUGCUUCUGUGGAUGUCAAAGACUUGCUGCCUGCUCUUAACCACCAACGGGUCCAUCUUUGUUCUCAGAAAAAAAAACCUCAACCUUCUUCCAGGGAUUUCAAAAUAUAUUCUGUCUCAGGACUUUAUUUCAGUAAUAUCAACAUUUUAAUGAGUUCUCGGCCUUCAUACAGGUUCUAGACUUGGCUGUGUGAACCUUACAAGUUGACAAAAGCCUACCUCAGCCGGAAUGAAUGUGUUGCGGGAAGUUGUAGGAACUUUGCCUUCCCCCCAUGCUCAUGGUCACUAUAUAUUCGGAGGAACCAGUUGUUUCCAUAACUACAACGUCAGGUGCCGCUCUACCUCAGAAGCCAACAAUCGUCUCUCCUCUCCCUCUUAUUAAUGGACAAAAGAGCAUUCAACAUAAAGCACUUCCAAAUGCUGAAAUUAUUGUUCUACCUCAAGAUAACAGAAUUAAUGUUGUCACUGUUGUUGUAGUUUAUUUUAUUUUUCUAUUGUAUAAUGAAAAACCCUUCUUCUUCUUCUUCCUCUCCCUUUGUAAAGUCCCGGCUCCUUCCCUCUGUGGUUGAAUAUGAUGUCUGUAGAGCGUCAGUACCUCAUGCAAGUUGACAGAUUGGUAAAAUUAUAUACAAUGUGUUGAAAAAUAUGUAUAAAUUAAGCUGGGAGCUAUCUUCCUGCAUGUUAUUUUAAUUUAAAGGUCACAAUUGUCAAUAGAGAUAGGUUGAGUGUAAGGAAAGGUUAGAGAUACACUGCGUUACAAUUCAUGAGGUCUGAUAUUUAUUGUCAAACUGAACAGGAAACGGUAUAUUAUUGAUGCAGCCACAGCAGUUGCAGUGAUUAUUAAUAUAUGUUUUUAUUUUUUUAGACAGAUAAUGUAGGUUUAAUAACUAGUAAAUGAAGAAAAACUCAAAAUUAUUUUUCUCAUAGUAUUGGUGUCAGGACUCUAGUGUCCAAUUUGAUUUGAUGUUUAUUGGCUGAAGAUAUGAAGGUCGAUGCUGCUCCUUCAUAUUUUUCCCACCUUGAAAUCAAAUAAUUUGUAUCACUAUACCUUUGCAAAAACUCCAAGCGACAUAUUUUAAUUUCUAAUUUAAAUUUCAUUAAUUUGUUAUUACUCUUCUAUGAAUACAAGAGAAGCAGGAGAAUCUCAGAACAUCAGGCUUAUGUACUUAUUUACAGUCUUCCAAAAAGUAUUCAAACACCCUAAACCUUUUGGUCCAUUAUGACAUAUAAUUACAACCAUCAAUAUAUAUUACUGGGAUUUUAUGUAGCAAAAAACAACAACGACAUAUUGUAUAUCUGGGUAUAUGUACUGGGUUCCACAGGCCCUGGGCAUUGUGGGAAAUUUUUUCUGGAGUGUGUUUCUACCAAGUUUGUGAUUUUCAGCCAUUCCUCUUUGCAAAGUGGCUCAGGCUUUGUCAGAUUGGGUGGAAACCAUCUUUGAUCAUUAGUUCGGAAAUCUUUGCACAAAUAAAUGCAUUCAGACCAUUCUAAAACAUGAAUAUGACUCAAUUUAGACCAGCUCUGUCUACAUGUGUAUUCGGAGGCCAUUAACCUGAUUGAGGGUUAACUUCUCCCCAAGUUUUAAGUAUUUUGCUGCCUCUUGCACAUGUUUUUUUCAGGAUGACAAAAAUUCAAACCUGAGCUGUAUAUCUCUGCAGCUCCUGGACAUGAGCCUCUUGGCUGCUUGUCUCAUUAAUGCUGAUCUUCUUCAGCAUGUCAGUUUCUAGUGAUUAAUUGAACAUAGCUUUCAGAUUACUGAAUUAGUAUUAAAAUGAUUGUAAAAUGUGUCCCUAUUGUGUUGGGAGUGUUCCUUUUUCUUUGUGGUUUUGGCCUUUGUGAAGGAACAUUUUAUCUUUCACUUUGCAAAUGGGUGCUACCUUGUUUUGUUGUAUCUUACAAAAUCCCAUUAAUAUGUAUGGAGGUCUGUGGUUAUAAAGUGACACAACAUAAAAAAGUCAAAGGUAGAUGGAGAUCUAAACAGGACUAAAGUCUGUUUUUAGGUGUCUUUUUUAGCAUAUCUUAGUGUUAGAAAUUGAUGCAGGAGAUAUAAACAGGUCAACAAAAUCCCACCAAUUUUUUUGGUUUGUUCAACUGAUUUUGGAGAAAAUUCAUAGAGUAUUGUUGAUCCCUCGUUAGAACCUUAAUGCACAUUUUUGUUUUAAAACUGUAAUUGACAAACAUUGAUUAAUGAUCUUUAAAACGAAAACCUAAUUUCUAUUUCCCUAAAAGAAUAAAUGUCAAAAAUGUAUUUUCAUCAUGUAGAUGGUAGGCAGUGUAUCUCUAACUCUUGUACGAAUAUUUGUUGCUGCAUUAUUAUUACCGGUAAGUGCUUUUUAUUUUGCAUGAUAUCAUCUGACAUUUUUUUCUGUUAAAGAAACAGUAGCCUUUUAAACAUCUGGUGCCCAGUAGAUAAAGGAUAUUAUGUGUCUAUUCAGUCUACUGUAACUCUUCCCAAAACCACCCAAGCUGCUCACCACGUCUCUCAAGACACGCCAGGAUCAUCUGCCUUUUAGUUCUUAGACUGAUGACUGCAGACCGACAGCUGGCUGAAGGAGACAUGCGAAUAGAGAUUGUUGAGUAGCUGAACAUUCACACCCUCUAUGCAGCUCAGUGCUCUCUUUCAUCACAGAUGCAUUUUGGUUACCUACCUCAACCCUGAUAUUGGCCUUUCUCUCAGGUUCUAAUGAAGGAAACUAUAUAGCAUGGACAAUAAAAUGGUGAACUGUAGUAUGUUGACAAAACAGAAUCAAUAUUUAGCCGCACAAAUGGAGGGAGAACUUUUCAGGACCUUUAUAUCAUGCACUAACUUUGUAAACAUUUACAUCUUUAGCUACUUAAAGAUGUUUUGGACAUUAUUAUCUCUCACUUACAGUUUGCUUGUGUCGUGAAAACUCAGAAAAAAGUGGGCGACAUUCAUAACACCCAAAUCCUCACGAUUGGUUUAUUGAUUUUUCUCUCUGGCUAAGACUGAUUAAUGACCUUGACUAGAAUAGGCUACGAUUAUUUAUUAUUUAUUAAUUUUCAAAAUGAAAUGUGGAAAGUUAAGUUUGGACGAGGCCCUCUGCAGUCAUUUUAAUUCGCAAUACAAACUAAAACUUCUUCUUUAAUGGUUACUAUAGUUAUAAUUAUUAUAAACAGUUGAACCUUUUUGUUAGUUAUUUAGACUUAAUUUUCUGUUGAUAUUUUGCAUACUUGUACUUAGUUGUUAAUAUCAAAUUGCAGGUGUUAGGGGAAAGAAGCAGGGCCCAAGUAGAUGAUCAGAUGUCAAACCUAAAUGUCUCUUCUGUGUAUAUUUUUAACAACAAUUAAUAUUUCCCUCAGAGCUUCUCUCAGCCAGAAUCUGUACAUUACUGUGUUUUUUUUAUCAUCUGUAGGGAGUAGCUUUACUAGCGAUCCACUAAUCUAGUGCAAUUCAGUUAUCGUGUGCGUAUGGUUAGACCUUGAUACAUCAGGCUGUCAUGUUGCAGCAUGACGUUAAAACUUGUCAGAUUCAACUGAUUGUACAGAGCUGUAAUCACAGACUGAGUGGUGCUGUUACUCUAUCAGCAAAAGGGACUGUGUGACUCUUUUGCUAAUAACUUAAGUAAAACGGUUAGGAUUUAUCCAACAUGUUAACAGCCUUUUUUUUUUUUCUUUUAACAUCCACGCUCCACAACUCAUGGAUCCUUACUAAUUCAAAUCAAACUUGGUUUGUUUUAUAAUUCUGCAUUAUUUUCAGUUGAAACAUAUUUUUAAUCAUCUCUGUUGGACAUUUAAGUAAAUAUAAAGAUAAUAGGCAGAGUUAUAAAUCGAUACAAGUGUUUUAUUUGCAAGGAAGGAAUAUGACAUAUUCAUCUUUAGCACACCUAAGGAGGAUAAGCAUUAACAUUAGGGUAUACUGCAUGGCUAGGGAAAUGGUUUGAGGAAAGCUAACAUUCACUGGUAUAACUGAAAGUUUUCAAAAUUAGAUCAAAAGUAACUGUAUGAUGUAUGAAAAUCUUGUUUAGGUUUGAUUAUUAUUUUUUUAUAUAGUAUCAAUGGAAUAAUCAUUAAAUCAAUAUUUUUUGCAGUGGAUCUUCCUUAAGUGCUCAAAAAAUUCAUGUUUCAUUUUAAAUAAUAUGAUAUCUGAUCUUUAUUUACCUACCCUGAGCAUCUAUAUCUUCCCUAUUACUCAUCUAAACAUAAAACAAAUAGAGUUAGUUGGAAAAAACAAAAGCUAGUUCUGACCAAAGUCAUAUUCUACAUCUCUAGGUUCUGUUCUCCAUAAAACUAAUGAUUAUAAAAUCUGAUAUAAUCAAAAACUUUCAAAAAGCUCACAUAAAAUGCAAUCAGCUCUUCUCUUGGAAAGACCCUUGACAUCAAUCAAACACUGGGAUACGAUUGUGAAAUGCUUCUAAUUACAACAAAUUAAUUUGUUUGGUGUUCUUCUGGGACCCCAACCUCUGCCCCCCACCCCGCAAUAUGACUUCAAAUGUUUAUAACUUAUCCUUAGUUUUAAGAUGUUCUAACUAAUUUAUUGUCAACUGGUGAUAUGCUGUAACUGUUCUUCAAUGUUUUGAGAUCAGUAUUAUAUUUUUGCAUACUUCUUUCAUGAAGGCAGAUUAAAUCCAGUGUGUUUAAAAGUAGUAGGUAAAGUAAACUCUACUGUAGAUCUGCAUGGAAAAAUAAAAAAGCUAAUGUAUUAUUUUAGCUCAAUUGAGACGUGUUAGUAAAUUCUUAUUGGACUUGUGAUGGUAACACUGUGAUAUUCAGCCACAUAAUGGCAAAAAAAAAAACAAUGUUGUGAUCCCAGUAUGGUACUAUUGAUGGUCCUGUCUCACAUUGUCAGUCGAUCUGUUUUAAUGGUGUGUAUUGAUGAAAAAAGGCUGAGUGACCUUUUCAGUUGACAAACUCUGUCUUGCCCCUCAUUGGUGCCUGAUGAUCACCUUAUCCACAUCCUGUCCCCAUCUGGCAUCCUGUCUAGUCCUGUCAGUCUUGUUACCUUUUUUGAAAUAGCACGUUGUGUUUAUUUUCCCCUCAAACAGCACCUUUGCUUGAGGAGAAUGUCUGGGUUGUAUCGAUGUUGCUAACACGAGCUAAAGCCACCUUCUAAGCCUCAGGAAAAAGGAAAAGAGCUUCUGGGUAGAAUUAGAUCUGCAAGUUGAACUGACUACACAAAGUCCUUUGCAUUAAUUUUAGGAUUAAAUGCUUAAGUCAAUGAAAGCCUUCUGGUAAAAACACUGAGACAUCCAUUGAAUGUUUAUAAGUAGAUAAUAACAUGGGCAGGCUAAGCUUGUUACACAGCAUCUCCUUAAAGGAGAAGAAUUAUGUCAACAUAUUGUCAAUAUAACUAAAGGUAAGAACAUAUGAUCUGCUCUAACUGUUAGGGUUCAAUCAAGGUUCUGGGUAAAUGUUAUACAGACAAAAUUAAACGAAGUAUUAAGUUCCAAACUUAACUUCAGAUUUAUUCGAUUUAGGAGUUAAAAUCUCACACUUUGGUUAUUUACCUCCUGUAGUAUAUGCCCCGUUCACACUACUCCUCUGAAACCUUUCUGUGCCGAGUUCGGACCGAUUUUGGAUCAGUUAACCGUGUCGAGCUUGGUUCCUUACGACCAUUUACACAUCAUGCUAGAACGGUUUCUCAACUCUCAUCGGCAGUCCACGAUACUACAGCUCUAAAGGAGCGAUUACACAAACAAAAAUGGUGGCACCCAUAACAUUCAGGAAUUCCAAAAAAGUAAAAAAAAAAAAACACUGGGCUUUGUUUUCCAAGU